AUGUUACGCUUACUCUUAGUCAUCACAACAAUCAGCCAAGUGUUCUCCGCUAGAAUAUUAGGACUAUUUCCAUGUCCUUCCAUCAGUCACCAAGUCACAUUUCAACCAAUUUGGAAGGAACUAUCACUACGAGGGCACAGUGUGACAAUAAUAUCUCCAAAUGUUAUCAAAGAACGAGGUUUAACAAACCUUACGGAACUUGACAUGGGAUUUACAUACGAUAUUCUGAGCAAACCUGAGAACAACUUUGGAAAGAUUAUGAGGAAAGAUAAUCACCCUAUUUACAAUAUACAUUAUGCUCUCUAUACGGUGGAACUAGCAAUUACCAUGAUGUUGGAAUCUCCGGAUGUGCAAAAUUUAUUAAAGGAUGAUUCGGAACAAUUUGAUUUGAUUAUGUAUGAAGCAGUCCAUCCAUUGGCAGCUAUUUUUUCUGCCAAAUAUAGAGUACCAACUAUUGGUAUUCAGUCAAUGCCUGGUUUUACAGCGACUCAUGACAUGGUUGGUAAUCCAACAAAUCCUGUAACAACAACAGAUCCAAUGUUGCCUUUCGGCGUUAAUAAGUCAUUCCCUGAAAGAAUUAAAUCGGUUCUUUAUCAAAUGAUCUUAAGAUUUUAUUGGAAUUGGUAUUUAUUACCUAGGGUUGAUACAAUUGCUAGAAAAUAUCUAAAUAACAAUAUUCCGUAUAUGGGAGAUGUUGAGAAAAAUGUUAGUUUGUUGCUUCUAAAUACAAAUGUGGUAAUGAAUUAUCCAAGACCAAAUGUUCCCAACGUCGUAGAAAUUGGACAGAUGCACAUUAAAAAAAAGAAGCCUUUACCUAAAAAUUUAAAAGCUUUCUUAGACAAAUCCAAAACAGGAGUAGUCUAUUUCAGUCUGGGAUCAAAUGUUAAAAGUGCGAAUGAAUCUAAAGAUUUUGUAUACAAGGUUAAAGCUGCUUUAGGUUCACUGCCUUAUGACGUCGUUUGGAAAUGGGAAACAGAUACCAUGGAAAAUAAACCUGACAAUAUUCUUUUACAAAAAUGGCUACCACAACAAGAUUUAUUAGGUCACCCUAAUAUUCGAGUGUUCGUAACGCAAGGAGGAUUACAAUCUAUUGAAGAAUCAAUUUCGAAUGGUGUACCUAUGGUGAUUUUACCCAUAAUUGCUGAUCAACCUUUCAAUGCCAAACGGAUGGAAAAUCUGAGGAUUGCUAAAGUUCUGGAGAUUGAAACAAUGACUAGAGAUCAACUUCAUGAAGCUAUUGUUGAAGUAGCACAAACCAAAGAGUAUAAAGAUAACGUUUUGAAGUACCAAAAGUUAAUAUUGGAUCAGCCUAAUACUGGUAUUGAGAAAGCAAUAUGGUGGAUUGAAUAUGUACUAAGACACAACGGAGCCACCCAUCUUAGAUACUCAGCGGUGGAUACUCCUUUUUAUAAAUAUUAUCUUUUAGAUGUGAUCAGUUUCUUUAUUGUUAUGGUUAUUAGCUUUUUGUUUGUUUUGGUGAAACUAUAUAAAAUUAUUAUCUACUUUUCAAACGACAUUAAGAAAAGUAAAAAAAUAGAUUAGUUAUAAUAUUAGUUUUAGUAAUAUAUUCUUAAGUGAAUAAUUCAAGUAUUAAAUUAGAAUAAAUAAUGUAAAAUAUGA